AUGCCGCACGGAGAGUAUGGCUACGCUGAGUGCACCAUUGAUUUCCGGCUUGGUCUGGCCGGAAAUGAAACUUUCCAGCUGCGUGCGAGCCAAUACACUCGCGGCGCGGACUUUGCAGCACAGUUCGCAAGGCGCCCUGGUGUGUUGCAGCAGGGUGGUACCGUUGAGUGCAUUCUGGAGGGUGGACGGUUGGAGCUGGGCCAGACUCUCCUCGAGCAGGGCUGCAGCGAAGGUGCAUCCGCCUGGCUGGUCCGGACGCCCCUAGAUGCGGUGAAGGCCUUCCAGUCUUUGAGCUCGGAGCUCCUGGUGACCCUGGGCCUGACGAAAGUCCGCUUAGGUAUAGAGACCGACUUCGAGCGCUUGCCGACCACCCUAGAGGAGCUGGCAUGCUAUGGCCUGGGCAGGAACAUGUCGCAUCUUGUCAAUCUGAGAAUCCUGAGCCUGGAUGCCAACCAGAACCUGACAGACAUCAUUUGGCCUCCUCACCUUGAGGAGCUGCAGUUAGGCCCCCGGUUCAAGCUGAGGCUGCAAGGGACCUCACUGCCCAGUGGCCUGAAGCGCCUGUCAAUAGGCGGCGAUGGAUGCCACUCAGGGGAUCUCGAUUUUGUCGAGUACCUUUGGAGGCCGUGCCUCGUGGACCGCUUCAAUAGCAGCCUGGAUGAGGUGCAUCUCCCCAAAGGCCUCGAGUUCUUAGGCCUUGGAAAUGGCUUCAAUCAGGACUUGACAAAGGCGCAGCUGCCUGGGUCUGUGAAGGUGCUGCGGCUAGGUCAUCGGUUCAACCAAAGCAUGGAUCACGUGGACCUACCCGAUCUGAUCGAGCUGGCCUUCGGCCAUUCCUUCGGUCACAGCCUCAAGCAUGCCAAGCUGCCUGGCACGUUGCUGAAGCUGGUCCUCGGCGACGAGUACAAGGGGACUUUGGAGGAGCUCCCGCUUCAACCGGGCGUUCUCCGCACCUUGGCUUGUGGCAGAGGGCCCAGCCAGCACUUCUUGGCAGGGAAGGAGCUCCUUCCCAGCUGCACCGGCAUCACCACGCUGCAGCUUUCAAACUGUGCAGAUGCCAGCCUCCAAGGUGUAAAGUGGCCGCCCGGGCUCCAAAACUUGGUGUUGGAAAGUCUGUGCGAUGGCGACCUACGUAGCAUUGGCCUGCCCGACACCUUGGAGACCGUGAUCAUUCGCAAGAUUGCCAAUCCACCCUUGCCGCGGUUGCAAUUCCCAGACUUCCUGCGCCGAAUUCAACUGGGCUGCGGAUUCAAUGCGCCACUGCAGGGAACGCAGUGGCCACGGUUCCUGGAGAUCCUUGACCUAGGUGACUCGUUCAACCAGCCCUUGGACGACGUAGUGCUGCCUUCUGAGCUGGAAGACUUGACCUUCGGCUACCACUUCAACCAGAGCCUGCAGAAUGCCACUUGGCCGCAACGGCUGAAGCGUUUGAAGUUUGGCGAGUGCUUCAACCAGAGCCUCGACGACCUGUCGCUACCUGCCUUGGAGAGCCUUAGCCUGGGUGAAAGCUUUGACCAGAGCCUGGAGAAUGUCAACCUGCCAAUGCUGCGCAAACUGCGCCUGGGUACCAGAUUCCAGCAGCGCCUUAUGCACCCCAGCAUCGGGCUGCCGGGAAAACUCUGCUGCUUGGCAGCUGGUGAUCGUGAACUUGCGUGGCGAGCGGGGGAGAGCCGUUAA